AACUACACAUUAAUCUACAUCAUACUAUAUCGUAGCACACCGGCCAUGAUUAUUCCCGGGGUGAUUGGAAAUGAUUUUGUUUUGUAUCUGGUUCGCUAUAACACUCGUUUUAAGAACGUGUUUGUCCUUGCAUAAUGACGUGGUUCAGGAGCAUCUUUCUGUCCAGCCGUUACUGGAUGGUAACUUUUUACUAGUGCUAGACGUUUCAAUCGCAACUAAGAACUAUGUACGUUCACAGAAGGAUAUGUAUUAUCCUGGCGUCCUGAUGGACGUCAUGGCUCCAGACCUUGCCAAGCUUUAUUUCAGGACACAAGUGCACAAUUUUGAAUGUACUCAGCACAUGGGAGAUUGGCAUUCCACUUGGGGUAGUACUGAAUUCGAUAUCUUCAACCAUGGUGAGACCUUAUGGGCUACGUGGCCUAAUGAGCUAACCCCUGAGGAGACGUAUGACCACUUUGAAACGUUAGCUCUUAACCUUUGGGGUAUCACCGGAUCGCAAUUUUACGUUUUAGCAUCUAAAAAUACAUAUGUUUUUGACAUAGGUCGUCUUUUAUCUAUUGGAAAUGAAGUUGAUAAUCUAUCUUCUCUACGUAGUCUUGCUGCAUCAUAUUCAGAAGAUGUAUUUUGCGUGGAUAACCUGUAUAAAUGGCGCACUAUGUUACCAUCAUUAGGACAGAUGGGUUUAUUAUCACUGAUUAACGACGAGCGCGUUUGGGCUCGUUCGGGUUAUAAAGGUGUUCGGUCACGCAUGUUUAUGGAACGGGAUGCUCUGAAACUAGAGUUACAAUUCCAAUUAUUUGUUGACCGUAGAAAUAUGAAAAAAGGUUUAUGGAACUUGUACAAGAACAAGGUGAUACCCGGCAUAUUGCCAGGUGCCUCAAGGAGCGUUGUUGAGUUCAUUGUACCCGAACCGUUAAAACAACAGUUCGACGGAGUUAACAGUAUGGAGUUUGACUUUUUGGAUCUAAAUACACAUAUACAAAUCGGUGGAACAUUUGAGAAGCUUUUCAACGCAACCGAGAAUAUGCCCACGUGGACACCGGAGACGGGACUAACAUUCCGUGUAUCUGAGUUAGAAAGUACUGUUUUCCCGGUUCAACGCAGGGUACAGUCGUCUUUAUCGGUUGUGGUUAAUAAUCGGAACAAUACAGAAAAGCACAUAACAUUUGUUCAGCCGUUGCCUUAUUGGCUCCUCCCUCAAAUAUCUACACUCACAUUAACGAUAAAUCACGUUACUGAGGGUUCAGAUCAUCAGGCUAUACACUGGUGUCAUGGUAGUAAUUGUUUUACGCCAUCUGCUCACGGCAUAGAAUCCUUGUCAAUGCUUUAUGACAAGUCAGAGUACUGGAUAGCCUUUGGAUUCUCACUUUGCAUACCACCGAACUCUAGCGUCGAGUGCAGGGUCGAUCUUCAGAAGAAUAAACUCCGUUUUGACGAGAUUGAAUACUCGAUGCACAGGGGUCAGCUUAUUCCUUCGGGUAUCCUUAUAGACAAACCAGGGAAUCCGCUAGGAGACCCUAUGGAUUUAAGUGGGAGGAUGCACUAUACAGGUCCAUUCUUUUCGCAUAUUGUAUUGCCAGAUAAUACCAUGUCAUUCAACGUAAUGGCUGGCGCAGGUGUUAUUGUAGGCCUGCUUUACAGUGUGGUGUUCCAUGUUGCCACCAGCAAGCAGCAUCUGAAUGACCUAACUUCAAUACAGCACUCUAGUUAACCCUAAACACUCUGUAAGGCUAAUAUGUACCACUUGGACAUUAAUUUGACACAUAUAAGU